GGGAGGUGUGGACGGCAAGAUGGCGGUGCGGACGGCCGUGGGGUCCGUGUGCCGGCGCCUCUGGCAGGGCUUGGGGAGUUUUCCCAUAAACACCUCCAAGGGCAGUGCAGCCAAACAUGGUGGUUUUCUUGUCAGUACCAAUAUGAAGUGGGUACAGUUCUCAAACCUGCACAUUGAUAUUCCUAAGGAGUUGACCAAACCCAUGAUCACCGUUUCCGAUGAACCCGACACCUUAUAUAAGCGGCUUUCCAUUUUAGUGAAAGGCCACGACAAGGCCGUGUUGGACAGCUACGAGUAUUUUGCUGUGCUUGCUGCUAAAGAGCUUGGGAUCUCUGUUAAAGUACACGAACCUCCAAGGAAAAUAGAGCGAUUUACUCUUCUCAAAUCAGUGCACAUUUUCAAGAAGCACAGGGUUCAGUAUGAAAUGCGGACUCUGUACAGGUGCUUAGAGCUAGAACGUCUAACCGGAAGUACAGCAGAUGUGUACUUGGAGUAUAUUCAGCGAAACUUACCGGAAGGAGUUGCCAUGGAAGUAACAAAGACACAACUGGAACGGUUACCAGAACACAUCAAGGAGCCAUUGUGGGAAACGGUACCAGAGGAGAAAGGAGAAAGCAAGUCGUGAUGCUUUGGGGCCACCUGCACCUGCGUGUGAGAUGGCUGGCCAGCUGGGUGUGUGUAAAUGGCCAGUGCCUGCAGCUGGCAGUCUGGGGUCCGGCUGCCCUGUCGAGUCCUCCAUCUGGCAGAGCGGGUGAUAGAGGCAUGGCAACAGACUGGACAUGUGGAAAGAGCUGCCUUGUUGGUUCUUGUGCAUAUACAUAUGCCUGUUUCAGCUCUGAGCUUAGCAAAUGGGAACAAAGCAUCUGACUACUGAGAACC